UCCUGCUGAAAUUGCGCGUCCUCUCGCCUCGAACAAGUUUAAUUCGUUUCAUUUUUAAUCGUUGUUCGUGUUUAAUAAAAUGCCCAAGGUAAGAAGGAGCAGAAAACGGCCGCCAGAAGGAUGGGAACUCAUCGAACCAACACUGGAAGAGUUGGAGCAAAAGAUGCGUGAAGCCGAGACGGAACCGCAUGAAGGAAAACGAAUCACGGAAUCGCUGUGGCCAAUAUUCAAGAUCCACCACCAGAAAUCGCGGUACAUCUACGACCUGUUCUACCGCCGGAAAGCCAUCAGCCGGGAGCUGUACGAUUACUGUCUGAAGGAAAAGAUCGCCGACAGCAAUCUGAUAGCAAAGUGGAAAAAGUCCGGGUACGAGAAUCUUUGCUGCCUCCGGUGUAUACAGACGAGGGAUACAAACUUUGGCACGAACUGCAUCUGCCGGGUACCUAAAUCGAAGCUGGAGGAAGGCCGAGUCGUGGAAUGUGUCCACUGUGGGUGCCGUGGAUGUUCCGGAUGAAGGGCAGGCAGGUGGCGACGAUGCGACCGAGGUCGUGGCUAGCAUAAGAUGUAAUGUUUGUAACUGAACAAUCCGAUUUUGAACCAUGUCCUGAGAGAUAAAGAAAGCAAUUAUCAACAGAGUA